UUGGUUCUGAUGAAGUCUCAUCUCUCCGCCACUCUCUUCCGCUAAAAUGGAGAAAAGUGAGCCAAAUACGGCGGCGGCCACGACGGCGGUUAGUCCGUGUGCAGCUUGCAAAAUUCUCCGGCGGAGAUGCCGAGAGAAUUGCGAAUUGGGCCCGUAUUUUCCCCCAACCGAACCUCUCAAAUUCACUAUUGCUCAUAGAAUCUUCGGCGCUAGCAACAUCAUCAAAUUGCUUCAGGAUCUUCCUAAAUCGCAAAGAGAAGAUGCCGUGAACAGUAUGGUAUACGAGGCAAGUGCAAGAAUAAGAGAUCCAAUUUAUGGAUGUGCAGGCUCAAUUUUCCAACUUCAAAGACAAAUAAAUGACCUACAAGGUGAGUUAGCCAAGGCUCAAGCAGAGAUUCUCAAGAUGCAAUGUCAACAAGCCAAUUUGAUGACUCUAAUUUGCAAGGAAUUGGCUCAAAUGCCACAACCACCAAUGUAUGAUCAUCAAUCACUUAAUGAUAAUUACAACAUUGCUAGCCCUCAAAGUUAUCACAGCUCUUCAUACUUAUUUGAGGAUAGUAAUAUUUUGGAGCCUCUUUGGACUUAGAUUACAAUUAAGGGUGGAUUAUUUAGGUUUUAAUUUUCAAAAGAGAACAAUGAUACACACUUUGAUAAAUAAUAUUUAGUCUAGUUUACAAUCAAUGUUAUAGAUCGAGCGUUGAGACACUACCUAUACAAAUUUUCUUACUUGAAUAUAUUUACAAGCGUCGAGAUGUUUUAAAUAGCGGCUCAACGCUACUUUCUCGUAUAUUUGACUUUAAUAAUCUUAUUUAGGAUUUUUC